UUUCUGGCCCUUAUCAUCUUCUCAUUCUCUGGUGUUGCAAUUUAAGCACAGGGAGGCUCAAGCCUUAACAGCUUUUGCUUUUUGGCCAAUCUUUUCUAUUUUUAGAAAAAUUUAAUAAAAAUUUCAUCUUUUUAAUUCCAUUGCCGCUUAAACCUCAUUUGUUUCUCUUCAAAAUCCCAAAAUUUUAAACCUUUUUUUCUUAAAUUUUGUGAGUAACUAUCCUGUAUCAGAAAACAAAAACCACUCUCUUCUUCAACUGUUUCUACAGACUGAGAGAAGAGAAGAAUAUGUCGAUUUUGUCUAACAGCGAAUCGAUUCACAUUCGUGAAGUAUGGAAUGAUAAUCUUGAGUAUGAGUUCACUUUAAUCCGGGAAAUCAUUGAUGAUUACCCUUACAUAGCAAUGGAUACAGAGUUUCCGGGAAUUGUUCUACGUGUAAUAGGGAAUUUCAGGAGCAGUUCUGAUUACAAUUACCAUAACUUGAAAGCCAAUGUUGAUCUCUUGAAGUUAAUCCAAUUAGGUCUCACAUUCGCUGACGAGAAAGGAAAUUUACCGAAGUGUGGGACUGAUAAAUACUGUGUGUGGCAAUUCAAUUUUCGCGAGUUCAACCCUGAUAAAGAUGUGUAUGCUAAUGAUUCAAUUCAAUUGUUGUCCCAAAGUGGCAUUGAUCUUAAGAAGAACAAUGAAAAGGGUGUUGAUGCUUAUAGAUUUAGUGAGCUCUUGAUGUCAUCCGGGAUCGUGUUGAAUGAUUGUGUGCAUUGGGUUACAUUUCAUAGUGGAUAUGAUUUUGGCUACUUGCUUAAGCUAUUGACUUGCAAGAAUUUGCCAGAUACACAGACGGGGUUUUUUGACUUGAUCAAGAUGUAUUUUCCUACACUUUAUGAUAUCAAGCAUUUGAUGAAGUUUUGCAAUAGCCUUCAUGGUGGAUUGAACAAGCUCGCCGAGUUGUUGGAAGUGGAGAGAAUUGGCAUUUGUCACCAAGCUGGUUCAGAUAGUUUGCUUACUUGUUGUACAUUUAUGAAAUUGAAAGACAAUUUCUUUAAAGGCUCACUAGAGAAAUAUGCUGGUGUUUUGUAUGGUCUUGGAGUUGAGAAUGGACAGAUCAGUCAUUGAAAGAAAAAGAAAAUUAUGAAAUAAAAAUUAUAGAAGUGUUUCUAGACUA